AUGCAAUGCAUUUUUGACAGAGGCCUUGGCCCACCCUUCAAAGACUCUGGAGUUUGCAUGACCCUUCAGAUUGCCCAGAUUGAGCAGGUGGGAGGCCCUGGCCCCUGGGGCCCCGCCCUGCGCCGCACGUGCACCUGUCCUCACCCGGUCACCCGCCCCUCGCUACCCGCAGCGGCCGGCGUGUUCCCGAGAGCCGUGGGUGGUCUUCGCGUGCCCGGUGGCAUGUGCUCCGCGGACUACGAAGCGGUGGGACACGCACAGCAGUGUGGGGACCUCGGCCGCCUCGGCCCACGGAGCGCCUGCUCCACGCGCAGUGCAGGAAUUCCGCCCGGGUGGCCGCCUCUCCGCGAUGGCCCUCCGCCCGCCCGGCCCUCUACGCGCCUCUGCCAGUCGCCAGGCUCCUCCCCACCCCCGCGGCCGUGCCACCUACCCGGGCAGCUAAGCCCACAGCCUCCCUCGGGGAUUCUCCUGGGGCCCCGGCCCGGAGCCCUAGAGGGGGCGAUAGGGAACCCUUGCGCAAGACAGAUGGGGCAGACAGGCUCGCGCCUGGGGUCCUUCGUCCCCGCGGCCGGCCGCGGCGGCGCGGGGAGGUACCUGCCGGGCCUCUCCGCGGGCGUCGCCUGGGCCGCCGGCGCCCUCCACCUGUGCCGCGGCCGAGUGGCCGCCCUGACUUCGUCCAGGAGAGAGCUAAGCCUGUCUGCCGGGAGCCUGCAGCUGGAGCACAGGAGAGAUCUGGAACACAAAAGGAGAGAUUUCACCUCUUACGGGAACAGGAAGCUCUACUUUGACACCCAUGCUUUAGUGUGUUUACUGGAAGAAAAUGGGUUCACCACCCAGCAAGCAGAAAUCACUGUCUCUGCAUUGGUCAAGAUCACAGACGCCAACAUGGAUAUCGUCUACAAGGACAUGGUCACCAAGAUGCAGCAGGAGAUCACUGUACAGCAAAUAAUGUCUCAGAUUGCUAAUGUGAAAAAAGAUAUGAUUAUUUUGGAGAAGAGCGAAUUUUCAGCCCUCAGAGCAGAAAAUGAGAAGAUCAACGUGGAACUGCAUCGGUUAAAACAACAAGUAAUGGAUGAAGUGGUCAAAGUCCGAACAGAUACCAAGUUAGACUUCAAUCUAGAAAAGAGCAGAGUGAAAGAAUUGUACUCGCUGAAUGAAAGGAAGCUGCUAGAAAUGAGGACAGAAAUGGUGGCAUUGCAUGCCCAGCAAGAUCGGGCCGUCACCCAGACAGACAGGAAGAUAGACACGGAGGUCGCCGGCCUCAAAACCAUGCUGGAGUCGCACAAGCUCGAUAACAUUAAAUAUUUAGCAGGAUCUGUAUUUACGUGCCUCACAGUAGCUCUGGGAUUUUAUCGCCUGUGGAUAUAAUAAAGUGUCUGUUUAAAGAGAUCCCUAUUGUUUUGCCUUAAGAACACCGGAUUGCCGUGCCUCUUCUCCCCCCCGCCCCCGCCCCCGCCAUUUCCACAUUUUAACCCUAGUUUUGACUUAACGUGUAUUAUUUAUUUUAUGCAGAUUAUGGACAUAGAACCAAGAAAAGAAGUCGUAAUGGUUCCUUUCAUCUUUUCUGUGUAGUUGCCUUUGUACCGCUGAGUGGUGGUGGACAAAACACCUUGGAAGACCCCACUCAGGCAGACCAGUGAACUUGGUCUAACCCGUGGGACAUACCCACAUAAAUAUUUAUAUAACUCUCUGCAAUUUUCAGUCUUCUGUCACAUAGAGGAUUGGGGGUCUCCAUUUGAAAGGCUCAACGGCUUCCCUCAGGGCUGAGGAAUCACCAAAACUAAACCAAGAGCACUAAACCCUCUGUCCCUCGGACCCAGUCCUUCCCCUCAGCCAGUGCCCCUGUUAGGGCGCUGCCUUUCAGCCCCGGUGGGUUGGUGUGCUACUGGUUCACCUGUACUGUCUCCCUCAAGCAAUUUUUUUUCUCUUAAUUUCCAUUGUCUUAGUAAGUUAUUGUCAUGGUUAUUUUUCGUGUGCCUUCCAGCCAGAAAAAUCUUGUUGCCUAAUGAAGUUUUGUAACUGUAACAGAGAUUCUCUUUUUACCUGGGAGAGUGCUAGAUUCCUCUCCCACCCUCCCGCNCCCCGCCCCCCCCACCUCCCCGGCUUGAGAACUGUAGCAAUACUCCAUUGGCACUGGCAGCAUUGCCUGCCUAGAACACUUGCUAAUUCUCAGCAGGGACAUCUGCUUCAGCUUGUGGGACCAACUCUACUUGCUUCUGGUCUUCAUGUGCUUUGUGUUACAAGAGAGGCACUCCGUUUUCCUUCGGCAGCAAUAUCUAGAUACUUAGGUCGCUUCUUAUAAAAGUCUUGAAUGAAUAUGUCUUUGCGCAUUCCAAGCUCAGAUUGUAGGCUUUAAAAUCAGAGACGUGUCAUGCCAGGGUUAUCUUCAUCAAGAUCGAUUCCUUUGGUUGGUGAAGGCAUUCUCAUACCUACCUACCUUCUAUUUUUUAAAACAAAUAAAUCCCUAGAUGCAGCUGGGGUUCUUUUGAGAAGCACAGUCUCAUAUUAUUUGAAUGACUGGUGUGGGAGAGCAUAAGCAUUGUAAAAACGAGGACAUGGAGAGCAUGUUUUGUCUUCUUCCACAUACGCGCAUGUGCACGAAAUCUGGUACAGUGGAGAAGCCACAAAGGCACUUGUUGAUCGAAUUGGCAGAAUAAAUCAUCCAUCGUCACCGUUCUAACUGCGCUGGCAAAAAACUACCUUUGUCCUUUGGUUGUCGUUUCUAAACUUCAGAAAAUGUAAGUCGUUGUUUAUUAAACGUAUGUUUAGCACAAAGCUUCUGAACUCCAGGUGAGCCUGUAAGUCCAGUACUUUGGCAUUAGUGGUAUCAGCUUCAGAGUGAGUGAUGAUUUAAUUGUUUUCAACUUGAUCCAGAAUUAUCUCAACUGCUUCAUAAAAUACUAUAGCCAUAUGUGCUUCCCCUUUCAGAGAAGGAUCCCCAGAAAAUACUGCACAUUGAGCAGUCGCCUGAAGUAUUACCAACUUAAGUAAAUGACAGCCCAUUAAGACCACAUUUGCAACUACUUAGUAUGGAUAGAACCGUGGUUAGUAAGAGCUUGGAGAAAGGGCCUGGAGCACAGACACUCCUCCAAAAUAAAAGAAUCCCCAAGAGGAAAAAGCACUGUAUGCAAUUAUGUUUCAAAGGAAACACUAACUUGUAUAGGUUAAAAACAAGCGAAGUGACCUUACUUCCUGAUAAAAUAUUUCUUAAAUAACAUUCAGUGGGGUGACACUCUUUGACCUGCCAAAAGUAUUCCAAAUGACGUUCCUGUCACUUUACAGUGGGCUGCAGCAGCCUCUUAAUAGGGGCCUUGGAUUUUGGUGGGUAGUUUUUUUGCAGUACAGAACAGACUGCCCCGUACCCACAACCUCGGAAACAAUGAAUUCACCCUUUGGUGGCUCAGAUUGCAUGCAUAUGGAGGUCAGGAAGGUUCAGGACUGUGUUCCCUUCGGUCAAGUGCAUUCUGUCUGAAAAGCGUAUGAGCCGGAAAUAGAAGCAUACCCUUCCCGCUGCUGGCUGGCCCAGACUUCUGUGAACAGCGGAAGCAUCAUGCUGGGACUGAACUAUCGGUACAGAAGGAUUCCGAUCGCUUAGGAACUUAGGCCUUAGCCUGAUUUCAGAAGGGGGAAGAUGCGUGGCACAACUUCCAGACAACCCAUGUGUAGCACCUGGGAAAUUAACCAGAGCCAGAUGCUGCAAACGUACCCCUCUGGGCACAGGUGCCUUUGCUACAAACGCCCAGAGCAGAACAUCAAAUGGACAGAAUCCGGAUUUCCUGUCCCUUCUUCGGGGGUGCCUCUGCAUUCCUACACUCCUCUCCCCUGCCCUUUCCUGGUUUAAAGAGCCUAAACUCCAGUUCUCCCUCCUUUCCUGUUCCAUUAAUAAGCAAAACCUGUCUGUCUAUACAGUUCUUUACAGGAAACAGGAUUUUGCUUUCUGGCCUCUUAUUCCUUCAGCUGCUUUUCUAGCUUAAUAUCUAACAAAGCUAAAUCCGAGUGCAUUCGUUUUUUCCCUUAAGUAUGCCAAGUACCUCAGUUGAGAAGUCAAGUUCAAGAAGAAAGCCUUGACUCAAACCAGACAUCUUGCUGGAAUUUGUCUUGGAACACUAAAAAUAAAAAUCCUGAGCCACAGAGAACAUGUCCCUGCCUGGGUUCUCCCCGGCUCAGCUCGCGCUUUUCCCUCUAGCUGCACUGAGUGACGUGAGCUUCCCUCCCAUGUCCCAGCCUCCAGCCUCCUCCAUCUCUUCUCCCUCUUCCUCCUCCUCCUCCUCCUCCUCCUCCUCCUCCUCGCAUCCUUCGCUGCUGUCUGUUUGUUAAUUAGCCCAGUCUGCAAGGGCGAGUGCUUCCCCCGUCCCCACCCUGCGAUGCUCUCUUGAUACUGUUGGCAUCGUUUCUGAACAAAUCUCAUAUAAAUGGUACUGCAGGACUCCUGUCUAGAAAACUUGGGCUUUACCAUAUGUUUAUCAGAUUUGUGGCUUUUCUGACACUAAAGCAAAAACAUGUUAAACAGAAACCAUUUGUUCUUGAUGCAUUCUUUAUGUUUGAGAAUGUUUAGCCCUUCCCUGGAAUUUUAUUUUGAAAAUAUCUGUCUUUCUACAGAUUUACACUCAUGUUCUUCUAAUUAUAACCCAGAUCAAUUUAUUUACCGUUUUAUCACUUAAGCGAAUAGUCAGUUACAUUUUGUUAUAUAAUAGAGUGGGUAUACUGUUUUUAUUAUCAAAAAUAUUUAAUUCUUUCUCUGUGACUACUACACUUUUCAUUCGAAUUAGUCAAUGAAUUGGCAAAUUGAGAACUUUUGCCUGCACUGUAUUUUAAUGUUACUCCCUCCAUUGUAUAUGAUAACACUGGUGUAUUAUGAGGAAGCCUAAUACCCUAAAAAGUUGGGUUUGUAUAGACUGUAACUUUGAAAAUGCUUAUUACUUGAUUUGCAAAAUAAAUUUUCUAUUUAAAGGAA